CACGCGGAUCUCAGCCUUGCAUGGACAUCUCUACGCGUAAAGCUCAUCCCGGUUUCAUCAACGAAACAUAACUCUCCACAGCACCAACAGCAUGGCUUACUUUGACAGCAGCUGUCACUGCAGCAGCGAAAGAAGACAAAACAGUAUUUUGUACAGCAUUUUAAAGAACGACAGUCAGUCUGCGCAACUUGGGAACCAGCCGAGGACCCCGAGGCUCGCCGUCUCCAUGCGCGCUUGCGCGUGCGGAUCCAAGAGGAAGGUCUCCUUGCGCUCCCCUCAAACCACAUGCAAAGCAGCCUCCGCUGUUUUGGUGAAGACCCUGAAGUUCGUGAAGAACGUACCGUGUUUUCGGGAGCUGCCCGUGGAUGACCAGCACACGCUGGUGCGCAGCGGCUGGGCGCCACUGCUGGUGCUCGGGAUGGCGCAGGACAGGGUAGACUUUGAGACUUCGGAGACGCCAGAACCGAGUAUGUUACAGCGGAUUUUAACAAGCGGACAGGACAAGCUGGAGAACCAGAGUAAUGGCGGGGUGGCGUUGACAGAUGUGCAGGGUAUUAAAAUGUUUCUGAGGAAAUGCUGGGGACUUGAUAUAAGUACGAAGGAGUACGCGUAUCUGAAAGGAGCGAUACUGUUCAACCCAGAUGUUGCAGGGCUACAGUGUCAACAUUACAUCCAGGCUCUGCAGAGCGAGGCGAACCAGGCGCUCAAUGAAUACGUGAAGAUGAUUCACCGCGGAGACAGCGCAAGAUUCGCUAAACUCUUCCUCGCGCUCUCCAUGCUCAGAUCCAUCAACGCCAACGUGGUGGCCGGUCUGUUCUUCAAACCGGUCAUCGGAGCAGUAAACAUGGAGGAACUUCUUCUUGAGAUGUUUUAUGGAAAAUAAAACGGUCACAGUGGACAGACUUUGAAAAUGACUGAUAUUUUACACAUGCUAUUUUUGUACGUUCUAUAAGAUCUCUCUCUCUCUCUUUGCCUCUGAGUUGAACUCAUCGCUGAAUCCAAAGUUGAUGAUGACGUUUUUCCAUUUUGGGGAAAGAACUUUGUUUACUUAAGUUUGUUUGUUUACUUGUGGCUUGCUUGUUUAUUUGCUUUUCUUUGUGACAUCGUGCAGCCCUCGAUGAAUGUUUUCAUGGGUGACACUUUACAAUAACAGUCUGUAACCGAAAUGAAUGUGUUGAGUAUAAUGUUUACAAUGCAAUGUAUAUUUAAUGUAAAUAUAAAAUCGUAAUAUAUUAUCACGUUUCUUUACAUUUCUAACACAAUGGAUAUGAACUUAUCUGUUAACCAUGUCAUAAUGGAUGUUAGGGUAGUUACUGAAAGUUACUAUAAAGUGUUACCUAGGCCUAUAUUACAAAUCAUUGUACAUUUUUGUCACCUUAUGCAAUGAUAUUAUGGAACAGUGGGGACACUCCUUAAUGAUUUUCCACGACGUUAUAGACAGUUAUGUAUUUUUUGCAUCAUAAUAACAUGUAUUUCGAUAAACAAAAUGUCAGUGUGAUUACAGAUCAAAGCACAAAGAGACACAAUAAUGAAAAUAAAAGUAAAUAAUAAGUAA